UCUCUUCAGUGUGAGAAUAACUGACGUGAGAUCAGAAGAUGCAGGAGUUUAUUUAUGUGGAGUUUAUCUCAACAAAACCUCCUACAGUAACUCCAUUCUUACUGCUGUUCAUCUUCACAUUAUGAUGUCUCCAGUAUUUGGAGAUGAAGGAGGAUCUGCUCAGAUCAUCUGUCCUUAUGAUCCCAUCUAUAACUCAACAUCAAAAAAACUGUUGAAGAGUUGUACAGAUAAAAAUACUCUCAUGGAGAUGAACAGAUGGAGUGUGAAUGAUCACAUGACAGCAAGUGUGUUUAGUGUGAACAUCACUGGACUGACAGCAGAUGAUGCUGGGAAAUACUGCUGUGCAGUGACAUUAGAAACAGACGUGAUUUAUCUUUACACUCAUCUCAUUAUUAUCAUCAAACAGGAACUUCUCUUGAAUAAGAGUGAAGGAGACAACAUGUCAAUGGAGUGCAAACAUCACGCUGAAUAUCAGAAAGUCUUCUGUAAAGCACAUGAAGUCUCAAUGUGUGUCAAUGAUGGAGUUUCAUUACAGUCAAUCAGAGAUGAUGGAUUCUCUUUAAGUGAUGAAACAUCUACUGGAGUCUUUACUGUAAACAUCAGUCAUCUGAGAGAAGAGCAUUCUGGGAUAUACUGGUGUGGAUCUCACAUCAUCACUAAAGUGCAUUUAAACGUCACCAGAGUUUCAGAUUCCUCAAUGAUGAUGAUGAUGAUUAUUGUGUGUGUUUGUGUGAUUCUGCUGCUGAUUGGAGGAAACACUCUGAUUAUAGUUUAUCGAUUCAGACACAACAUGACACCAGAUCGUGGAUCAGCCCAAAUAUACCAUAAUACACAAUUACCCACAAUCCCCUCCUCUGAUGAUGAUGAUGUUGUGUACGCUGCUGUCAGUUUCCACAAGCGUGAAGAUUCUGUCAGUGAUGUUUCAGUCACCUUCAGAAAGGACGAGAUUUUAACCGAGUACGCCACUGUCAUUUACUGCACAAGACUCAACUAAAGUUGUUCAAAGACGUCCUACAGUGUUUAAAUAACAGAUUGUGUUUUUUUUUAUAAUUCGUAAACAAGACAAACGAGACAAAUGUGGUUUUUUUUGUGCUGUUUUUGAACGUGAACAUGAA